UAUAUAUGUAUGUAGUCUCAAACACCCUUAUAUUAGCAGACCUCAUCACAUUUCAUCGCGGUACCUUGUGCAACAAGUAAACAAAUUGUUAAAUACAUGCAUUGUGUGUGCAUGGUUGGUAUUCUUUUCAAUUCAUAAGUGCUUAGUUAUCUUGAAUUUCUAGUGACCGGAAAGUUUACAAAUGGCGGGAGCUUUGGCCGGAGAUGGCCUGGUGCGGUCUGCAAGUAGCAUGAGUUGGCGGUCAAUAAGCAUAAAAGAUAUGUGGAAUGAGCAGCCAGACGUGUUCCAGAAGAGCAGGGCCGCCGAAGAGGAGGAGGAGCUUAGGUGGGCGGCGAUCGAGCGGCUACCAACGUAUGAUAGGCUGCGGAAGGGGAUGUUCAGGAAGGUGUUGAGCAAUGGUAGGGUGGAGUAUGGUGAGGUUGAUAUUACUGAGCUUAAGACAGAAGAUAAGAAGCAGUUGAUGGACAGCAUAUUAAACAUUGUUGAGGAAGAUAAUGAGAAGUUCCUUAAGAGGCUUAGAGACAGAACUGACAGGGUGGGAAUUGAGGUUCCUAAGAUUGAAGUGAGAUUUGAGCACCUAUCAGUGGAGGGAGAUGCAUAUGUUGGGACCAGGGCACUUCCAACUCUGAUCAAUUCCACCUUAAAUGCAAUUGAGGGGGUUCUUGGACUGGUUGGGCUCUCUCCUUCAAAGAAAAGGGUAGUCAAGAUACUUCAAGAUGUUAGUGGAAUAGUGAGACCAUCAAGAAUGUGUCUACUUCUUGGACCGCCUGCCUCCGGAAAAACAACAUUCUUGAAGGCACUUACUGGGCAGCUUGAUGAUGAUUUAAGGGUAACUGGGAAAGUCACCUAUUGUGGCCAUGAGUUGUCUGAAUUUGUUCCUCAGAGAACUAGUGCUUAUAUUAGCCAGCAUGAUCUUCACUACGGUGAGAUGACAGUUCGUGAGACUUUGGAUUUCUCUGGACGCUGCCUUGGAGUUGGAACCAGGUACGAAAUGUUGGUAGAGGCAUCAAGGCACGAGAAAGCAGAAGGUAUAAAACCAGAUCCUGAGAUCGACGCAUUCAUGAAAGCCACAGCAGUGGCUGGCCAGAAAACAAGUUUGAUCACAGAUUAUUUUCUCAAGAUACUUGGAUUGGAUAUUUGUGCGGAUAUUAUGGUGGGCAAUGACAUGAAACGGGGCAUCUCUGGAGGGCAAAAGAAGCGUGUCACUACCGGGGAAAUGUUAGUUGGGCCAGCUAGAGCAUUUUUCAUGGAUGAAAUAUCAACAGGCUUGGACAGCUCCACCACAUUUCAGAUAAUAAAGUACAUGAAGCAGAUGGUUCAUAUCAUGGACCUCACGACGGUCAUUUCUCUUCUGCAGCCCGCGCCCGAGACAUUUGACCUUUUCGAUGACAUUAUUCUACUUUCAGAGGGUCAAAUUGUUUACCAAGGUUCUCGCGAGAAUGUUCUCGAAUUUUUCGAACAUAUGGGCUUCAAAUGCCCACAAAGGAAAGGUGUUGCCGACUUUCUGCAAGAAGUAACUUCCAAGAAGGACCAAGAACAAUACUGGUUUAGAAAGAAUCAACCUUACAGAUAUAUCCCCGUAGCUGAGUUUGCUCAGGCCUUCAAAUCCUUCCACAUUUUCCAAAAGAUUUCUGAAGAUCUGAGAGUUCCUUAUGACAGAUCGAAUGUACAUCGUGCUGCUUUGGUGAGACAAAAGUACGGAAUCUCCAACUGGGAACUCUUGAAGGCCUGCUUCUCAAGGGAAUGGCUGCUGAUGAAGCGCAAUUCAUUCGUGUAUAUUUUCAAAACCGUGCAGUUAACAAUCAUGGCUACGAUCGCAUUCACUGUGUUCCUAAGAACGCAAAUGAAAGCGGGUCAUUUAGAAGAUGCACCAAAGUUUUGGGGAGCACUGUUUUUCAGUCUCAUCAAUGUCAUGUUCAACGGGAUGGCAGAGCUUGCAAUGACAGUUAUGAGGCUUCCUGUGUUCUUUAAACAGAGGGAUGCCUUGUUCUAUCCAGGAUGGGCUUUUGGCUUGCCCAUUUGGCUCCUCAGAAUUCCCAUAUCACUGAUGGAAUCAGCCAUUUGGAUUAUUCUUACGUAUUACACAAUUGGUUUUGCACCUGCUGCGAGUAGGUUUUUCAAACAAUUCUUGGCCUUGUUCGGAGUGCAUCAGAUGGCCCUCUCCCUCUUCCGUUUCCUUGCAGCUGUCGGAAGAACAGAAAUAGUUGCAAGCACAAUUGGCACCUUUACCUUGCUAAUGGUCUUUGUGCUAGGAGGUUUCGUAGUUUCCAAAAAUGACAUCAAACCAUGGAUGAUUUGGGGCUACUAUAUUUCUCCUAUGAUGUAUGGUCAAAACGCCAUCGCUAUCAAUGAGUUUCUGGACAAAAGAUGGAGCACUCCCAUAAAUGGUUCUAGCCAACCGACAGUCGGAAAGACCCUCCUUAAGGAAAGAGGACUGUUUGUAGAUGAAUACUGGUACUGGAUUUGCAUUGGAGCACUUCUUGGAUAUUCUCUUCUUUUUAACAUUGGUUUCAUUGCAGCGCUGACAUUUUUAAAGCCACUCAUUGAUUCUAAAGCUGUGAUCGCGCAUGAAAACUCUGAAAGAAAAACGAAGAAACAGUUGACAGGUACUGAUAAUUCAGCAGGUAUCAGUUCUUCAAACAAUGAAGCUAGAAGAGGAAUGAUGUUGCCCUUCCAGCCGCUUUCACUUGCUUUUAACCAUGUGAAUUACUACGUGGACAUGCCUGCCGAAAUGAAGAGUCAAGGGGUUGAAGAGACCAGACUGCAACUGCUACGAGAUGUCAGUGGCACUUUCCGGCCUGGUGUUCUUACCGCAUUAGUAGGGGUCAGCGGUGCUGGGAAGACAACCUUGAUGGAUCUCUUAUCCGGAAGGAAGACUGGCGGGUACAUUGAGGGAAGUAUAAGCAUUUCUGGGUACCCAAAGAACCAAGCUACAUUUGCUCGAGUUAGCGGUUAUUGUGAACAAAAUGACAUCCAUUCCCCCUAUGUGACUGUCUACGAAUCUCUUUUAUAUUCUUCAUGGUUGCGUCUUGCUUCAGAUGUAAAGAAGGAAACACGAAAGAUGUUUGUUGAAGAAGUGAUGGAACUCAUUGAACUUAACCCGUUGAGGGAUGCUUUAGUCGGACUUCCAGGAGUAGAUGGUCUUUCGACUGAACAGAGAAAGAGGCUCACAAUAGCUGUAGAAUUGGUUGCUAAUCCUUCCAUUAUCUUUAUGGAUGAACCCACAUCAGGGCUUGAUGCUAGAGCUGCUGCAAUUGUGAUGCGCACUGUAAGGAACACGGUAGAUACUGGUCGAACUGUAGUGUGCACAAUCCACCAACCAAGCAUUGAUAUUUUUGAAUCCUUUGAUGAGGUAUAUAUCUUUCGUCUUUGGACUCGAUUGUCACUUGUAAUGGUUUCUAACUUUGUCAACUUUGACAUUGUAUCUUUUCGUUUGCAGCUACUUUUGAUGAAAAGAGGAGGAAGUGUUAUUUAUGCAGGACCACUAGGUAGUAAUUCUCAUAAACUUGUGGAAUAUUUUGAGGCUAUUGAAGGGGUUCAGAAAAUAAAAGAGGGUUACAAUCCUGCGACAUGGAUGCUAGAGAUCAGCUCCACUGCGGUUGAGGCACAACUUAACCUUGAUUUCUCAGAAGUUUAUGCCAAUUCCGAACUCUAUCAGAAGAAUCAGGAGCUCAUCAAGGAGCUAAGCACUCCGCAACCAGGUUCCAAGGAUCUUCACUUCCCGACCAAGUACUCGCAAAGCUUCAUAACUCAGUGCAAGGCUUGUUUCUGGAAACAACACUGGUCUUACUGGAGGAAUUCGCAGUACAAUGCAAUCAGGUUUUUCAUGACAAUUGUUAUCGGUAUCUUAUUCGGCGUAAUCUUUUGGGGCAAAGGAAGCCAGAUACACAAACAACAAGACCUGAUUAAUCUAUUGGGAGCUACAUAUUCUGCUGUUCUUUUCCUUGGAGCCUCCAACGCUUCUUCGGUGCAAACUGUUGUGGCAAUUGAGAGAACAGUAUUUUAUCGGGAAAGAGCAGCAGGAAUGUAUUCCGAGUUGCCAUAUGCAUUUUCUCAGGUGGCUAUAGAAACAAUUUAUGUUGCAAUACAAACCUUCAUCUAUUCUCUUCUACUCUAUUCCAUGAUCGGUUACCACUGGAAGGUCGAGAAGUUCUUGUACUUUUACUACUUCAUAUUCAUGUGCUUCACGUACUUCUCUAUGUACGGGAUGAUGGUCGUUGCACUGACUCCCGGCAGUCAGAUUGCUGCCGUUGUUAUGGCAUUCUUCAUCAGCUUCUGGAAUUUAUUUUCGGGCUUCCUCAUUCCCAGGCCGCUAAUCCCGAUAUGGUGGAGGUGGUACUACUGGUGUUCCCCGGUUGCUUGGACAAUCUAUGGCGUUUUCACAUCUCAACUCGGGGAUAAGAAGACAUUACUCGAAAUUCCUGGCUCAGCGCCAAAGCCGGUGGAUGCAUUCCUUAAGGAGUACUUGGGAUAUGACUAUGAUUUCCUUGUAGCAGUAGUCUUUGCACAUCUUGGUUGGGUGCUCCUCUUCUUCUUCAUCUUUGCCUACGGCAUCAGGUUUCUUAACUUCCAAAAGAGAUAGAAUUUUCCAUGUGCUUUCAAAGAACAGAUUACAGAUAAGACAGAUCGAUGUGUGCAUGUUUCAUUCGCAAUCCUAGGCCAAAGUAGUGAUCUUUGGCUAGACAGAUCGAUGCGUGUGUGUGUUUAACUCUACAGAUAAGACAGAUCAAUGCGUGUGUGUGUUUACAAUCAAUUUUUCUCUGGAAGCUUGGAUGUAAAAACUGUGUGGAAUGGAGUAUGAUCAUCAACUUCUCAAAACACAUGACAGUGUGUAGCACAAAUCUUUCCAGCACGUGUUACAUUGAGCGAACGGAGUUGCAAGAUUCUAGCCCAUCUGACGAUAAAUUGAAACAGCAUCCAGUGACGAGACUUCAGCAGGCAGCCAAUGCUGAUUACAUCCUGAAACCAAAAGCCGUGAAAACUUCAACGACAAGAAAAGUCAUACGAACUACGUCUAUUACUGCAAGCAGUAUACAAAAUAAGCCAAGCAUCAAAUUCAAGUUUACCAUGCUUGAAAAGACAAAAUAAUGAUGGCUUUUAUUGAAACAAAAGGAAUAUGAUUACUAAAUGAGAUUAGGCACAAAUCAUAUGAUCUUAGAGUACAUAAAACACACCGUGCUAUCAGAAUAUAGGAGUUCAUCUUGAUGGUUCGCUCUAAAG